ACUAAAACAUUUAAUUUACCGCCGGCGCCUACUGGAGAAACGAGUAUUUCGAGUAUUGGUUUAGUUGAAAGUAUUGUUGUAAUUUGUUGUAUAAUUUUCGUUGUUGUUACUUUCGUUUUCAACUUCCAGUUGCAAUGGCGGACGUAGUGGUGAAUUCGGACAACAAGAACUGGGAGCAAUUGUACGCGCAGGGCGUCAGGGCCUACGUGUUCCAGGAUUAUUCCGCCGCCGCUGCCGCUCUGAGUCAAGCCAUCGAAAUCGUGGUGAAGCAGGAGAACGACGAUCUCUGCGACUCGCUGGGCGACGUUUACUUGCACUACGGCAAAGCCUUGCUCGAGUUGUCUAGAGAGGAAAGCGACGCGUUGGGCGAUGCUGUUCCCAAAAACAACGAGGAAUCUUCCGAAGAAAGCGAAGCCGAGGAAAGCGAAAACGCCGCUAACGAAGAAAAAGAAGCUGAAGUUAGCGAAGAUAGUAAAAAGGUAGAAGAAGAAGAAGUAGUAGUUGAAGCGGAACCUGCUGCAACCACCGGAGGACCUUCUACUAGUAAUGGCGAAGCCGAAGAGGAGGAAGAAGAUCCAUCAGAUCUCCAAAUAGCGUGGGAGGUGCUUGAAUACGCCAGAAAAAUCUACCUGAACCAAGGCGAAGCGGCGAAGAAAAACCUGGCGGAGACGUUGGUGGUUCUGGGCGAGGUGGCGUUAGAAAGCGAAAACUUCGAAUCGGCCAUCAGCGAUAUCACCGAAGGCUUGGGCAUCCAGCGGGGCCUGUUCGGCGACGAUUCGCGCGCCGUCGCCACCACGCUCUACAAGCUGGGCAUCGCGUACGCGGCCGAUUCGCAGACGGACAAGGCGGUGGGCAGCUUCGAGGAGUCGCUGGCGUGCCUGGCCAACAGGGUGGCGGCGCUGCGGCGGCGCGACGGCCAGCAGGACGCCGCGGAGGAGAUCGAAGAGAUCGAAGGGCUGAUGCCGGAUAUUAGGGAAAAGAUAACCGACAUGAAGACCUACAAGGAGGAGAGACUGAAAAAAGUGAUGAGCAUCAUUUCCGAAAGCUCCGACUCGCCCAGGCCGUCCACCAGCACCUCGAAACCCGCCUCGGAUAUAUCGCACUUGGUCAAAAGGAAAAGGAAACUCGAGAAUAUCCCCGAAGAGAACGAAGCCGAACACCCCGCCAAAAAACCACCCAGUAAUUAGCACAUACUUUAUUAGUAUUUCCAUCGGAAAGCGCAACAUUUUUUCCUGUCGCGGAGGGAAUUUUAAUUCGGCGCGAGCGCGUUAUUUUUAAUUAUUUAUAAGUCAAAUUAAAAACGUUUUUUGUGGAUUACUUUUAAUUGACGGGAUUGUACAACUCUUUCUCCAAUCUUUUCCUGUACCACAAAUUCGCUGACAGCUGCAAUAUUCUCAACACCAAAACGACCCUUAACACUGAAAAUUAUAGUUUGAUAACAAACAGUCGAUUAGACUUGCAAAUAACUCUACCUAUUCCUACUGUUGUCGCAAACAGCGCUAUCCAAGGCAGCGCCGUGGUGUUUUUAACGUGCUUCAAAAUCCUCGUCAUCUUCAUAAGACUCUUGUAGUGAUUGUAGUACAGGCUGUAAGCGGUGGCCGAUACCCACGGGAAUAUCAAAGCGAUGGUUCUCUGGAACGACGAAAUGGGAGAAGAUGCCGGGUAGAUUAACCGAUACUUACGGUCGUUACACCUUUAUGCAGCAUCCAAGCAGUGAGCGCCACCAAGAUGACGUCCUGUAAAUUGAAUCCUAUGGAUAUGCCCGUUAUGUUCGCGUUGAAGUCUAUCUUGGCCGAUGAAUACAACGACGAGAAAAUCCAAAGCGUGGAAAUGAGGAGUUUGGAUUUCGUGCUAUCCGUAUUCGGCGACUUCAUCGUACGAUCUACGCCGUGUUUUUUAAUGACGAUCGUUUCGGAACUCAUCGCGAAUAAUUUGGGAUUCUUCGAAACUGUUUGUGAUAUUGUCUUGUUGAGGACGGUAAUUUAGAAAAUUAGGACGUACAUAAAU